UUUCCCAAAUGUCGCGAGGUUGUGCUAUUGUGUUGAAAAUCUUUUAUGAUACUAAUGGCACUAAAGUUUCUUCUUUAAAGAAUGCAAAAUUGGUAACACUUGGGAAUAGUUUCUCUUGAGUUGAAAUAAUCUUACAUUGGAAAGCACACUUCAACUCUCGAACACUGGGAGAAGAUUGAGGAUGGAGGUUGGAAACUAGAGCAUCACUUCCGUCUCUCGUAAUCGUUGCUCGAUCCAUGGCUACCCAUGGAACUGCGUCAAGAGUAGUUGUCUCGGGAAAGCGUCUUUUGAACCCUUUCCGUACUUUUCUACAUCGUGUAUCCUCUGAAAUCUUAGAAGAAGACUUGAAGUCUUUGAAAUUUAUUUUGGCAGAUGAAAUUCCUGAGGGAAUUUUGGAAAAUUGUCAGAAGUCUACGGAUUUGUUUUCCUACAUGAUAAAGAAGUGUCUUAUAGGAGAGAACGAUCUGGAUUUCCUUGCAGAACUUUUCCAUUGCAUUAACCGAUCUGAUCUUGCAGAGCGUGUUAAAGUUUUUAUAAGUAAGUCUCCCUCAUCACUAGGAAUGGGCAGCGCACCCAUAGCACAGGUGACUCGUGAAUUGCCAGCCAUGGGAAAGGCUAUGGUUCGCUUCAUGUUAUCUGGUAAUAAUAUUGACCAAAGAGCCACCCUCCAACAAUUGAAAAUUGGAAUUUGUGCAGCUCUUCGAAUAAAAAAUUCUGAUAUCAACUUUGUUAAAACAGAGGAGGAAGCUAAUAACUCAGCCUGCUUCACCUUUCAAAUCCCAAAGAAUGAUGGGCUGUUAAAUUCACUCCGUAAUGAUGCCCUUCAAAAAGAGGACUGGCUUUGUCAAUGUGGAAUCCAGGCAGUGAGGGUUGGUGGAGAUGCAAGUUACAUUUGUCUUGUUCAGCCACUCACCCAUCCACCUAAGGAUACCCAAGCCAGACUUUCACAACUACUUCAGGCAGAAAGUGGUGCAGAUUUGAAGUGGAAAGACUUUGUUAACAAAGACAACCUGGAUUUGAUUGUUGUUGUUGAGCGUACUAAGAAUCGUAAGUUUCAUACAAGACUUAAAACUCAACUGGCUCACUUGGUUGAAAUGAUUUGUGUAAGAGAUUACAACUUCCGACUUGCCCUAGUUUGUUAUCAGGAUCACACUUUUCCUGUUUCCAAUGCUAUCACUUGGUGGUUUACUAAAGAAAAAGAUGUCAUGAAGUCCCACAUACAUUACCUUAAUGAAUCUAGAAUACCAUGUUCAGAAAAUGGGUUGGCUGAUGGUCUUGCACUGGUACAAGAUUUAGCAACUAAAGAAGAUUCAAAAUCAUGCCGGAAAGAUGCCAAUAGAGUUUGCAUACUACUGCCUUCAGUGAACGAGAGAACCUCCCUAGAAACAUACAAGUGUUCACAUGGCCACGAUGUGAUGAAAAUUUGCAGACAGUUGGCAGAAAAUUCCGUCACCCUUUACACAGUUGGAAUCAUGCAACCCACAACUGCAUCCCCUUUUGGAAGAAACCCAUUGCCAGAAUUUUUUUCAGGAAUAUCACUCAAAACUGGAGGUCGUUACAUCCAAACACAAAACAUCAAGCAGCUACCAGUGAUUAUAAUGUGUGCCAUUAAAGAAGAUCUAUCCUUGGAGCGUCUCAUUGGCACUGCACAUGAUAUAGUCCUACCACAUGUGAUUGAGAAAUAUGGAGAUGUUAAUGUAGAAGAGCUUACCAAGAUGCUUAGAGAAGAACUUAAUCGAAGAUCCUGCCUCGCAAAAAGCAUUGUACUGCAAAACGGUGUGAGUGUUCUGCGUGAAUCUGAGUUAGCGCAGAAGUUGUCUUAUGAUGAGGACUUGGAGAGUGCUUGUUGCACUUUUAGAGAAGGUGUUAAAAGAUUGCAGCAAGCAGAAAUGCCUACAAAUGGAUUACCACAAGAUGUGGACAUGGAGAAGGUGACUAGUGACCUGGCGAGAAUUACAAUAUCAAAAGAUCAGGAAAUCACUGAUGAUUUGUCAGAGCGACUUGUUCGCAAAGUUGGACAUCGGGCUUUUUACUGCACUUCAUCCUAGGACUGAUUGAAAUAGGUAUUUACUUUUGUCAAUAAACAAAAUGCUGGAAUCUAAUUGGUUCUUAACUGCCUUCACAUGUUCCUUAAUUUGCAAUGUUUGCGCAGCACCAAACAGUCCAGUUUGAUCUACCUUAUUUCAACCACCUUGUAUUUGGUAAGAUCAAAUCAGUUAUUUUAAAGAGGUAUUGAAAAUACAGUACUAAAAGGCACCAGCCAAUGUCAUUCAACCACUCCACUGAUACUAACCAAUCAAAAGCAAGGAGACUUAUAAGUAAGUAACGUUGUUAAUUUCAGCCUGGAAACAUGAAAUUGAUGAGAAUGAUUGGUUGAGCUUUUUGCUAAUGCAUGAAAUGAGAUGCCUGUCUUGUCAUUUGACACUUCAUGCCUGAGUUUCUUGCAUUUUGUUACUGACAAAAAUUAAUUAGUAAUAUGACUGAGAAGUGAAUACUUCAGGUGUAAAAAGAUAGGCUGUUGGAUAUUCCAACGUCUAGCUUUUUUUAACAAGUCAAAAAGUUAUCACAGUUUUCACUUAUCAUACAUGUUAAUAUUUUUAAUGUUACCUAAGAGUUAGUGACAUUAAACUGAUCUCUGGAGAACUUUCUCAAAGCUAAGAACUGCACAGGUAUUAAACACUGCUGUACUAAUAAUAAAUUCAAUUUAUGAGUUACAAACACAUUAUAACUUUCUUGAAAACUAG